CAAUAGUGCUGAAUAGGAAAAUCUUUCCCUUCUGCUAUAAAUUUACAGAGUUUCAAGCAAUCUAAUUUAAGGAAAUUCCAUCUUCCAGUACUGUUAAUGUUAAGAAAAAAAAAGCAUACAUAACAAGUCCCAUUUUAACUAGAUAUGAGGACAUCGGAAUAAUGUUAGUGAAGGACAAAAUGCAGCUGUGGGAAGUUGUUCUGUGUGCAUGGUACAACUUACCUACUUGUAAAAUGACCAUAGCACUCAUGGAGAACCCCUCGUCCCCCUUUCUGUUUUGCAGACUUCCUAAAUUGCAUGUAUUAUGUUCAGUCUUUCCUUCAUUCUUCUUUUCUAUUCUUGAGUGGCUGUGGAGAUGAACUCUGUUAUAAGCUGCAGUGCCUGAGGAACACAGAGUCCUGGAGUAGCCCCUCCCUAUCCUUGUUAGAGCCAAGGACCAGCUGUGUAGCUGGUAGGUUUCCCUCUCCAGGCUCAGCUCAUGUUUGCCGCUGCGCCUGCUUCCAUUCUGGUACCUUGUCCUGAGCACUUAAGGAGGCUUGGUGCAAACACACAUACACUGAAGGAACUUGUCUGCUGCUUGGAAGUUUUAUUUGCCAUAGUCCCUGGAGGGUUCAUAUACUCCCCCACCCCUUCUCCCCUCUAUUAGUUCAAUCCCAAAGAGCUGUAUUAUUUUCCUCACUGGACGGGCGACUAUGCUCCUGCUGUAUCUCCUCACUGUGCAAGUUUUGCUGUUUGCUGGAGCUGUUGAGCUCUCUGCUGGGUCUUGUGCCUUUGAAGACAGCACUUGUGGCUAUGAAUCAGACUAUACAUUUUUGCCAUGGAUUUUAAAUGAAGAAGGCCAUUACAUUUCUGUGGAUACUUCCUGGGGAACUCAGGGUGAAAAAGCAGUACUUGCCAGUCCUGAACUACAUUCUGAAGAGUGGAGCUGCAUCAGGCUUAUAUAUCAGAUUGCAACAGCUUCAGAGACUUCAUUUGAUCCUACCAGGCUAAACCUGUAUCUGAGGUUACAAGGAGAGAGCUUUGAUCAUUUACUGUGGUCAGCCAAGGAGCCUUCAGAUAGCUGGCUCAUAGCCAGUCUUGAUUUAAGAAACAUGACAAAAAAGUACAAAAUUGUACUGGAAGGUGUACUGGGACAAGAUAAUUCUGCCAGUAUAGCAGUUUUUGAAAUUAAAAUAACUAGUGGAUAUUGUAUUGAAUGUGACUUUGAAGAAAAUCAUCUUUGUGGCUUCAUGAACCAAUGGAACCCCAAUGUAAACUGGUUUGUUGGUGGAGGCAAUAUUCGAAAUUCGCAAUCCAUCUUUCCCAGAGACCACACAUUUAACAGCGAAUUGGGUCACUACAUGUAUGUAGACUCUAUUUAUGUCAAGCAUUUCCAAGAAGUGGCCCAGCUGGUUUCACCUAAGACAACAACCCCCAUGUCCGGCUGCUUAUCCUUUUAUUACCAACUUCAGCAGGAGAGCAGCAUUGUUUUUACUCUCUAUAUGAGAGAUAUAAAUGGCUUUUAUGAAGAGAUCUGGAAAAUAGACAGUACAAUGAAUACAGACUGGAGUUUAGCAGAGGUUGAUUUUGAUGCACCAUACCCAAUGGAGGUUAUUUUUGAAGUUGCUUUCAAUAGUGCCAAGGGAGGCUACGUUGCUCUUGAUGACAUUUCUUUCUCUCCAGAUUAUUGCAGCAAUCAGACAGGAUUUUCUUUCAAUCCUGCUGAGGCAAGCUGCAAUUUUGAGGAAGAUCUGUGUCAUUUUUAUCAGGAUCACAAGGAUGGCCCUGGCUGGAGCAGAGUGAAAGUAAAGCCUAAUGCGUAUAGGACAGGAGAUCACACUACUGGAUUAGGUUAUUACUUGCUGGCGAAUACAAAGUUUACCUCACAGCCUGGAUACAUUGGACGUCUGUAUGGCCCCUCACUGCCAGGAAACUUGCAGUAUUGUCUGCGGUUUUAUUAUGCCGUAUACGGAUUUUUCAAAAUGAGCGACACUCUGGCUGUUUAUAUCUUUGAGGAGAAUCAUGUGGUUCAAGAGAAAAUCUGGUCUGUCUUGGAAUCCCCAAAGGGACUCUGGACUCAAGCUGAAAUCACCUUCAAAAAGCCUAUGCCUUGCAAGGUGGUGUUUUUGAGCUGGUGCAAAAGCUUUUGGGACUGUGGGCUGGUGGCACUCGAUGACAUAUCAGUGAGCCUGGGAAGCUGCCAAACCACUGAGAUGUGGUCAUCUUUUCCUGGAGAAUGUACUUUUGAAAAGGAUGAAUGUGCAUUUACCCAGGAGAGAAGAAACCGAAGCAGUUGGCAUAGGAGGAGGGGUCAAACUCCCACUUCUUACACUGGACCAAAAGGAGACCACACUACUGGGGUAGGAUACUACAUGUACAUAGAGGCAUCCAAUAUGAUCUAUGGACAGAAAGCACGUCUGACUUCAAGAUCACUAAGAGGGAUCUCUGGAAAGCAGUGCUUGACAUUUUUCUAUCACAUGCAUGGAGCUGGGACUGGAUUGUUAAAUGUUUAUGUUAAAAAGGAAGGUGAUAGUGAAGAAACCCUCUUAUGGAGAAGGAGAGGUGAACAGAGCAUCACAUGGCUAAGGGGACUGAUAGAAUAUGAAUGUGAUAAAUACCAUCAGAUUAUUAUUGAAGCAGUUCGUGGAGUGUCAAUAAGAAGUGACAUUGCCAUAGAUGAUAUUCUGUUCCAGGCUGGACCCUGUAACGAAAUCGGAGAAAUUACUCAGCAUUCAUCUGGGGAUUCUGAUGACUUAAAUGAAAUUGAGUAUUAAGUAAGUUCUGCUGAAAUGAAUGAAGCACCAUGUAAGUUAUAUGUGAGAAACUACACAAUCCUCCCCCCCCCCCAUUUUGUGUAAAAUAAUAAAUACUGGACUAUUUUGAAUAUGUCACCGAUAUAUAGGAAGAACUCAGCACACUCCUGUCCUUGGCCUUUGUAACAAAGUUACUGACUCAGGGCUUCUUAGACUGUUCUUAUUGGAUUUUUUUCUCUUUUGCAUGUGAUAUUAGUUAUUAUAUAAAGCUUCCCAUGUUGUACAGAUCAAGCAAUAAAAUACUAAUGCUUUUUGGUAAAUCUUUUUUGUUGCAUAGGUAAAGAGAAGAAGGUAAAAAGGGCACAAUUAAAAUCAGAUAUUGUGUUAUCUUAAAUCUGCAUUCAAUGAAUGUUUUGUGUUGGGUAGAAAGUGGGUUUUGUUUUUAUUUCAAGACGUAUAAAUAUUUCGAAAUAAGUAAGUAAUAUUGGAUAUUAAUAAUAUCCUACACAUUGAAAGCAAUUAUUCAUGAUGACAAAUCUCUUUGGGAAAAUGUAGUCUCUUACUGGUAAUACUUUAAAUGUUCCUUAUGAAUGGAUUUUUCGCUAUUCUUUGCCAGACUAAUUACUAUAAUGAAUCUAUUUGCCAUCAAUGUGCAUAACAAAAGAACUUCCAUCAAUGUUCCAGUGUGAUUCAGUGUAAGUUACUAUUAUAUUAAAAUACACUGCUAUUGGUUUGUAUGCAAUAGAGGAGGCACUCUUUGUUUGGACUGCAGGCCUCAUUUUUCAAAUGUCAGUUUCUACACUCACACCUUUUAUAUACUUUAGCCAACCACAAAUAUUUUGCAUUUAUGUUAAAAAGAAACUUAACUCACAUUAUCUGUUAACUCUUAAGACAUUAUAUGUGUGUUUUGUAUUACA